ACUCAGCCACCAUGAGGAGCUCCUGUGCCUUUUGGGCAUCCUUUCUCUCAUGUGUCAUUUUUCUCCUGCUGAUUCCUGAAGAUGUGUGUGUAAGAAUUAUUGGAGGACAAGAGGUAACUCCUCAUUCAAGACCCUACAUGGCCCUACUCGAAACUAAUAAGGGAAGCAUCUGUGCUGGUGCUUUGAUUGCAAAAGACUGGGUGUUGACUGCAGCUCACUGUGACAUGAGUAGAAAGUCCCAGGUUACCCUUGGGGCUCACUCAAGAACCAAGGCUGAGCCAGAGAAACAAAAAAUAGCCAUUAAGAAACAGUUUCCCUACCCAUGCUAUGACCCAGAUACAAAUGAAGGUGAUCUUAGCCUUUUACAGCUGAAAAAGAAAGCAAAAAUAAACAAAAAUGUGGCUAUCCUUCAGCUUCCUAAAAUGGGAGAGGAUGUGAAACCAGGGACCCUGUGUCAAGUUGCAGGGUGGGGGAUGACAGCUAACCAUCAGCGAACCCCGUCUGAAUCUCUGAGAGAAGUCAAUGUCACCGUCAUAGACAGAAAAACCUGCAAUGAUGGCAAACACUAUGAUUUUAAUCCUGUGAUUGGAUUGAAUAUGAUUUGUGCUGGAAGCGACAAAGGUGGAAAAGAUUCAUGCCAUGGAGAUUCUGGAAGCCCUUUGCUCUGUGCGGGUACCCUCCGUGGAAUCACUUCCUUUGGCGAAGAGUGGAAAUGUGGAGACCCUCGACGGCCUGGGAUAUAUACUCUUCUGUCAAAAAAACACCUCAGCUGGAUAAACAAGACUAUGAAGAGAGCAGUUUAGACAAC